AUGCAAUCCUGGACUUCCGGAUGGAAUAUUUCUUUAACCAAUGGCUCAAUUUUCCGAUCGUUCACGUGUCCCUCGUGCCUCGGCCCAGUCGACUCGACCAUCCUGUCUACCCUGACCGCCCACACGCAACAGUCCCUGCACGACCUCGUGAGCUCCUCUUCCGGGCAGAGUAUCGGCAGCGCCAAUGUCGUUGUCGCCAAGCAGUGA